UUAACAGAUAGUGGAGGAGCUUUGCCCUCUUGCUCACGUGGUAAAACUAUGAGGGAGUUUGAAGCAGAAUUAGCAGACCUCAAGCAGGAGAACUUCGAGUUGAAGAUGCAACUUUAUGUCUUGGAGGAACAGAAGGAAGCUCUCGAAGAUGAAAGGGAUGCAGUGGAACUCCGAAUCAAUUACCAGAAACUUAUGAAAGAAUAUGAAAAGGCGAGAAGUGACAUAUUGGAAAAAGAUGAUUUAAUUCUGAAGGCAGGUGAAGCAAUGUCGCUCAUGAGCAAAAAACAUGAAGAAGAUUUAUGCAUUCUCCAGUCACGAGCCUCUGAAGAAAUAGAAGCAUAUAAGCAAACUAUAUCUAAACUGGAACAGGAAAUCUUGGAAUUAAAAGAAAAAUCCUUUUUUAUGCCGAAGCCAGCAGUAUUUGACGACUCGUCUGCUAUGUACGCUAUGGCUUUUAAUAUUGGUGGCAAUGUUGCUAAUAACCGAGAAACACAUUCCCAAGAAAAAGUUUUAGAACUUGAAAGAAAGGUUAUGGAAUUAAAAGAAGAAUUAAGGCUUAAAAAUUUUGAAAUAGAAAAACUAAGCGAAAAAUCAGCCAAUGUUGUUCUUGAGGCAGAGCAGUUGAGAAAAACCGAGGCUGAACUGAAGAAACGGUUGCAGUCUAUGGAUAAAUUGUCUAGUACUGUCAACUCUAAUCUGUCUUCCAAUGAAAGCAAAAUAACUCAAUUUGAAAAAGAAAAAAAGAUCCAGCAGUCGAAACCAGAUGAAGAGAACAGGUAUCGCAACAUUGUCUUCAGAACUUACAAAAAAGAGGAGACUGACUCGAGAAAGAAUGAUAUUGUCAUAGAAUUAGAAACAACCAAAGCUGAACUGGAAGAGCUUAAAAAAGAAAAAACAACUAUGCUGAAAGGGAUGCAAGCGCUAUUAGUGCAAAAUAAUAAAUUGACCAGAGAUAUUGAACGUUUAAAAAACAGACCAGACGAAAGAGGCAAUCUGAGUUCCGAGGAAAGAGGAGAGUACGAAGGCAUUUCUUUAGCACACAGAUUUGACGAGAAGUCAAAAUCAGACAGCGAAAUGCCUGAAAUGGAAGAUCCUGAAAAAAGUUAUCUUUAUUCAGCUUUAGAGGAUAAGCGUCAACAGGUUGAACAAUUGAAUGAAAAAUUACGUAAAAGAACUAUUGACCUUCAGGAACUUGUAAAUAAAGAGCUUUGGUCAAAGAAUAAAGAAAUUGAAAAGUUAAAUAGGGUUUGUGAAAAGCAAGUCCGUGAUUGGUCUGAGCAAAGGACGAAAUUGAAAAGCCAGGAAGCAGAAAUCAAAGCCUUACGAGAAGAGAUCGAAAGGUUGCGGCAUGAAUUAAAUACUCGAAUAAAUAUUGCUUCAGUCACUCAAAUCAUACCUGGAAGGGAGUCAGAAAAACCUCAAGACAAUCAUAUCAAUGUACAAUUGAAAAAAUUGAAGGAAGAAUUAGAAAAACAAAUUGCUUACAACGCAGAACUAAAUACCCGUUGUGAGGACUUGAGGGUUUGUGCCGAAAACUCAGAAAAAUCUCGAAAAGAUCUUUCAAAUGCUUGCUGUUUGCUGACUACUCGCUUGGAAGAAUUAUCAUCGUUCCUUGAGUCAUUGUUGCCAUCUCUUGCUGGACGAAAAAGACGUCUGGUCAAAGAAGCAAUAGACAGGUCUAGGGAAAUGUCUAAGUCGUUAUCAUUAUCGUGUCUUGAAGAAUCGAGCAUAUUAUGUAAAUCUAUAGAACCCAUACUUCCAGACGUUUCGCAAGUCGAUUUCAACAGUGAAGAGGAUUUGGACGAUACACUUUUGCAUUCUAAUGUGACAACUCUUGAAGAAAAAAAUAAUGAAGUAUUGAAGUUGAGAAAUCAGAUGGACAACUUGGUACAAAUGUUGAAAGAAAAUUCUCCUGAGAGUAAGCGGAAAUCUGUGAGGCCGCAGGUCAGUCCUUGGUCACUCUCAGGAUCUCUACAAGAAGAGCGACCCUUUAGCCCGCAGCCGUUCGAAGAGUCUAGUUUGUUUAGAGAUUGUGUUCCUGGUUUAGUUCUCGAAGACAUCACUGAAGGAACCGGAAUCGAGUCUUUUGAUACCGACACAGAGACCAAAAAUUUAGCAGAAGUAAAGAAAGUUGGUCCGUUAGCUUAUGGUCAUGGUUCAGAAUCGGAAGGAUGGUCAGAACCUGAUAGGACUGUUUCACUUGCAAGGAUAGGACUCAAGGAGAAUAUAGGGGAUGCAGCAAGCGACUCUUCAGAAUCUGUAGCCAAGUCUAAUAAUUCUUCUGGUAAGAAGAGAAGAGAUAAUGAAAUCAAAUCACUUAAUGUGAAAAUCAAGAGAUUGGAACUGACAAUAGAAAGUCUUCUGUUAGAAAGAAAUGGAAACUUACCUGCGAAUAUCAAUAAUAAUGUCAGUGUAGAAUGUCAGGUUGUAGGAGAUGGUUCAUUGACCCAUAACUUGAUGGCUGAAAUAAAAGAACAAAGAGAAAAAUUAAUGCUUUCUCUUAGCCAUAACGACUUCAUUAGGCAGAGGUUGGAAGAAGUGUUAUCAAGCGCUCCUUCAUCUCCAACUAAGGACAAUUAUUUUACCUUGCUUCAGGCCGAUGGUGAUAAGUCAAGAUCAUAUGAUCACAAUUUACUUCAGCAAGUCAUAAAGAUGACGGAUAAAUUAGAAGAGAGCUGUAGCCUUUGUCUGGAUUUAGAGACUAAGUACAUGGAGUCUGAAAAAGAAAAAUUAUCGCUCAUUGAAAUGUUAAACGCAUCUGAAGAAAAAGCAAAUUCAUUGUCUGCGGAGUUAACAACUCUGAAGUGUACGCUAAAAGAGAAAGAAAAUGAACUACUAGAAAAACAGUGUGCUCUGUUGGAGCUGAAAAAUUCUGUUAUAAUUCUUGAAAGUAGAGUGAAACUUUCUCAGGAAGAAGCACAAAAGCAAACUCGCCUAUUGGAGACAAUUAAUCAUGAAAACGAUCAAAGGACGAAGGAACUUUCUCAGAAGUGGGAAAAAGAAAGAGCAGAAUUGAUAUGCCGCUAUGAUGAAGAGAUCUCAAGGUUAAAAAACAAAGCAAAGCAGCUUAAUGUAGAUAUGCAUGCUGUAAAGUCUGAACUUGGAAAGAUCAAAGAAGAAAAAGAAAUCAUGGAAGGGGAGUAUAAGAUUUUAGUUGACAGAUUGGAACGUGAAAAGAGAGAUAUUUUGGACAAGGAAUCACAGAGGAGGAUUGAAGCUGAGGAGCGCUUGAAUGAGGCUGUCAGGAUUCAAGCAGAUUUGCGGAUUAGGCUUGACACUGAAGCCAAUAAAAUCGCCGAAAUGGAGACUGGCCAAAAGCAGGUAAAAUGCGAGCUUGAAAGAAGGGUUACUGAACUGGAACUGGCCAAUCAAGAACUAGAAGCCAGACUCACGUCGUUGUCAAAACCAGACACCGUACCAACGAGCCCUAUUGAUUUCAAGAGGCAGAGGAGUAAUCCCAGUUCUGAUUACACAUCAGAUCACGAGCAUCACAAUUGGUUCCCUGCUUGUGUCCGUACAAAUAACAGCAGCUCUCCUGACCUAGGCAUUGAAAGUGAUAACAGAAUGUCUAGCCUAGAAGCACUACCUUCUACCAAGCCCAACGGUGAGGACAGAUCAGAUAAGCUGGAGCUCGAGAAUGUAGAGUUGAGGGCGCAGCUGGCCAAAACGAAGCAGACCCUAGAAGACACAAUUACGCAGCUGACGAUUGCCAACCAAAGGAAGAAGCAAGUCGAGAAGGCUAUUUGCAGGCAGUUACACAAGACGCAUGACAUACUCAAGCAAGCAAGGCUCAACCUUGAUGGAAAGGAUAAACCUGUGAUUUAGACGUUUUAAAUUUUUAAUGCGUUUUUAUAUUAUUUUUUUUGUUUGGUGUUGAAAAGUUUUACUAUUUUAAUGGACCGCAUUGUGAUUGAUGUUGAAUAUACUGUUGUCAUUAAUUUUAAUGAUUGUGUAUAUAUGUGUAUUAAGUUUUUUUCAUUAAUAAACAAAAAUUUAGUUUAUUACUAGUCAUUAUAUCUUUACUUUUAAUAGAUAUUUCCUUUAAAAUUUUGAGUAUUAUCUUAAAAGUAUUAAUCGAGUUUUUAAAAGACUUUUUAAACUUAAUUAUUCUGUGAACAAAAAUUACUUAUAAGUUAUUUACUUGUUUUUAUAUCAAAAUAUUUUUUUUUUUUUGUCAACUAAUUUAUGUAUAUAAUUUUUAAAGAAAUAUAUUCAUUUUUGGAAGGAGUAUUUUAAGUAAAUUAACAAGUAUUUGGUAAUUAGUGUGUUAUAUUGUCUGUAAUUUAUAUGUUUUUUUUUCUAAAACUUAUAAAAUAAUUUUAUAAUCAUUAUCUGUGAUUUAUUAAUAGACUUUAUGGGCAAGUUUGUAGUUAUUGUGUAUUUUUGAAGUUUUAAUUUAUGUUUUUAUAAAUAACCAUGUUUACAAUUUUAAAAUGCCAGUGCCAAAUACUCGGGCUUACAGGCCUGUAAAAAUAUACAUAGCACAACUGCGAUUUGGUAUUAUAUAAAUUGUAUAUACUUAUAAAUAUAUUAUAUUUAUAUAUAUUUUUAAUAAUUUAUGCAUAAUAUUUCAAUAUAUGUAUAUACUUUUACAGAGUUGUUAAUGUAAUAAAAUUUUAUUACCAAUUACGUAUUAAAGUUUGAUGGACACGUACCCC